AUGGUCUCACCGUUUCGAAAAGAAUCUUUUCAUUGCAGACUUUUUUGCAGGAAGCGUGUACAGAAGGAGUGCUGCCGAGGAUGCGGAGCUUGGCUGUGUGCCAGCUCUCGUUGCUCAUCCGAGCCCUCAGCCUCUUGCUCGCCGAACUUCCCGUUCUCGCGGAAAGAGAUCGCCAGUCUUCCACCGCUUGGCGUAACCAGCAUCCGCAACAACGCUGGCGCAUCCACUGUCAGUUCCGCUUCUCAUUUACGCCUUUGUUCGGAAAGAGCUAUCAGAAGAGGGAAUGA